AUGCUCAAAUUUCUCGAUGGAAAAUUAGAUGAACGAAUAGGCAUGGAAUUUAAAGUGUGGGAUUGGUCCAUACCAGAAUUAUAUGGUAUAGUUUUAGGGAUGAUGGUUAAACUAAAUUUAGCCGGUACUCUCAAUAUCAGUAAAUCCGAGAUGUUAGAUUUUAUUAUUGAUGUGGAGAAAGGUUAUUGUGAUACUUCUUAUCACUCUUUCUAUCAUGCCGUCGAUGUUGUAGAGGUAUUAUUUUAUAUGCUCACCAAUUUAGAUGCUAGCAAAUAUUUGACUGCUUUAGAUUCCAUAUGUUUACUUAUUGCUGGAUUAUGUCAUGAUAUUGGUCACGUAAUAAACGCCCGAACUGAACUUGCCAAAAAAUACGAUGAUCAAUCAGUAUUAGAAAAUUAUUCUUGCACACUUACUUUGGAUCUUAUAACUAAACAUAAAUUAUUCCGUUACAUACAUAUUGAUGAUGAAUAUUUAGGUUGUGAUCCUAAAGAAAUCGAAAAUUCAUUACGAAACUUGAUCGUUAAAAUUAUCUUGGCUACAGAUAUGACACCAUCAUCCAUAAUAAUUUCGUUAGAUUUAGAACAACGUGAACUUUUAUUAAAAGUAUUAAUUCACGCUGCUGAUCUUAGUAACACCGUUCGUCCUUGGGAUACUUCAAAACGUUGGUCAGAUUUAAUUGUAGAAGAAUUCUUUAAUCAAGGUGAUUUAGAAAAAUCAAAUAAUCUUCCAGUAUCACCAAAUAUGGAUAGAGAACAAUCACAUCAAUGUCAAAUUAGUUUGGGUUUUGGUGAUUUUGUAGUAAAACCUUACUUCGAAGCUUUUGCAUCAUUUUUACAUCAAGCUUCUAUAUUUCUGGAUAUUUUGGCGGAUAAUAGACGUAAACAAUUACGACAACUAGAAUUCAAACAAGAAGGACUAUUACAAGAUGGAUUAUUACAUGAGCAACAAGGACAACAACGUCGUGUUAGUUUGGCAGCUGGUCUUUUAAUAAUUCCUGAUGAUAUUCAAGAAAAAUUACGAUCAAUGUCUUCUCAACGAUCCCCUCGAUAUCGUAGAUUGAAACGAAGUUUAUCUGGUCGAUCUUAUAGUCACCAUUCAUUAUUACCCACUCGGAAUGGUGGUCGUGUAAGACGUAGUAGCUCAUUAGAUCAUAAUAUGAUUCGACAAAUAACUGCUUUAUAUGGUAAUGGUGAUUCUUCACCUACCGAACAAAGAAUUAUUGUAGCAGGAAGUUAA